GGGCAAGGCUGCUCGGCCCUCGGCCUGUCUACACCUCUAUCCAGUUCCCUCCAAAAACAAAUAAACCCUAAGCAUUUGGCGAUUAGCAGAGAGCUAGGGACGGAGAGAGAAAUGGAUGAUUACAAGUUUCUUAAGAUAGAGGACGCCAUCGCUUGCAUCAACCAGAAAGUUAACCUUAUUGGCGCCAUUCUUGACUUCAGUGUGCCCCAGAAAACCAAAGGCACCGAUUAUUUCUGUAAGCUAAAAAUAAUUGAUGAGUCACAUCCCAAAUGUGGGAUUCCAGUUCAUCUAUUUGCUCAACAUAUGGAUGCUCUUCCUCAGGUUGCCUCCAUCGGAGAUAUUAUUCACCUCUCUCGCGUCAUGAUGAAAACCCAUGAAGGAGAUGUAUAUGCUAUAUUCAACAAAAGAUUUUCUUCAUUUGCUUUAUAUGAAGGGAAAAAUGGUGAAGGUUUCCAUCCUUAUCAAGUUUCCUUGAGAUUUCACGCAAGAGAACAGGAUGAAAAGCUAAUAGCAGACCUGAGAAAAUGGUUAGCUGAUUCUAAGGUUAUUGACGUGCCAAUCAACUUCAUUUUGUUGAGAGAGAUCAAUGAAGUGGAUACGAUAAAUAUAGCUUGCAAGGUACUUCAUAUAUGCGAAAUUGCUAAAGAUGAGUGGAUGGUCUUUCUUUGGGAUGGAACUGAUGCCCCACCUCUCAGUAUUCAUAGAAAGCUGGAAGAUGAAAUGCAUAACCAGCUGCCUUUACAUUUGGAACCUUUGCCUUUAUCAAGAGAUGUGCUAUGUACAUUUCCUACCGUUGGAACUAUCUUAAGGGUGACCAUUGAUGAAAACUGCAGAAAGUAUAUUCUUCAGUUGCUGAAAAUUGGUCAAUGGGUGAAACUUUUUAAUGUACCAUGCAAAGUGCGUGAAGGAUUAUGGUAUGGUGUGUUGACACCAUCUACAAAAAUCCAAGAUAUGCCAAAUGAGGAUACGCUCAUAUCUGAGCGUCAGAGCAAUUAUGAUCACCGAUUAUCAUGCAAACUGGAGCGGAUGCCAUACUGGAGCUUUCCAUGGCCGUCAAGAAUCACAGAGGUUAGCUGCGAUGAUGUGCCAUUUGCGACAUUGAUGGAUGUUCUCACUUGUCGAAAGGUAAGAAAGAAAUUUAGGUGUGUAGUACGGUUUGUAGCGGCAAUUCCAUGGCAAGUUGAGGAUUUCUGCUCUCCUCGUGGAACUUAUAGGGUUAGGUUCACUGUAGAAGAUCCAACUGCCAGAAUUCAUGCUUUUGCUUAUGCUGAAGAUGGGGAGAAAUUUUUCAAUGGUUAUUUGUCGGCGGAUGUUUUGAGUAGCAAGUUAAAUAAAUUGCUUGGAGUAGCUAUAAGUGCUGAUGGCAAGGAAAUUAAGGAUGCUGCUAGAAAUCCACCAUGGGUGCAGUGUUGCUUGAUAUCUCAUUACCUCAAGUGCUGUAAGAUCUGUGACACCAAGCUUGUUGGUCAACAAGUUUGACUGCAAUGGAUUGGUAUCCAGAGGAACUCUCACUGGUAAAUUACUUGUAUUAUCUACUAUAUCACUGAGGAUUCUAUAAAUAUGAUAUUAUUUUGCCUGUAUUUAAAAGAAAAAAAUAGGCAUUUGUCUUUCCAUCCUUGGUUUCCCCCCAUUAUACUGAUAUAACACUAGAAGCGCCUAAAAUUUGGCAUGCAGUAUCGAAUUUUAAAGCACAUAUAUCAUCAACUUUGGCAUUUGUCAUGUGUUGCUACAGUUUUGAUUUCCCCUCAUGUCAAGAUUUUGUAAUAACUCCAACUUGUGGCAUUUCGAAAUAAAUCUCAUUGAAUG